CUUCUAACAUAAAGUCAGCUGUUGCCGUAAAUAAUUUUCGUCCUUUUUUCGUAGUCCUUUGCGCAGUGUAAAACAUCCCUGUUUUGGUGGAAAACCACCCCUAGCAAUACCUACUAUUAAUUAUCCUCCCAGUUGUCAUUUGCAGUUCGUAAGGCGUCUUCAAAAGACAGAAAAAAUAAUUGCGAUAUUUUUCAUUACACUAUAUUAAAGAAAAAUAGCAAAAGAAUUGCUAAAAAAUAUCAAUAACUUGUUACCUAAGUUGUGCACAACAUUUUUAUUAACAAAAAUGUUAAAAAUGUGUCGUAAAAACUUGUGAAAAACUUAGUUUUCACUUUACACAUCGACAAGCACAACGAUGAAGUACGCGAGCAUUGUGCAAAAGGGGGCGCAGCCAACAGAAAAUACCAGAAGCAGCUCAACGUUUGGUGUGGGUAGUGUUGGCGCUUGCGGCGUUAGUCUUAAGCGGAAAUGUGGCAAAGGCGGCAAUUUUGCUUUGGGCUACUUUAUUGGCGGUUGCUGUUUUCGUAUUCGGACUUUUGUUUUGCUCGCGGUGGCUGCGGUAUUUUUGUUUACAAUCGGCUGCUCCAAUACUGCUGCUGCAACUAGUUCACUGAAGGCAGUAUUGGAGGAUGAUAGUGGGACAGCAGGCGGACGCCAUCAGCAUCAUCACCAUCAAUAUAGCGCGGUGAAUGCUGAGAGAUGGCGUGAGCACGAAUACGAGGAAAAGGGCUAUUGUGCGCCAUACAAUGGUAAAAUUUGUAAGCAAUAUAUAAGCGGACAGGUGUGGUAUAGCCGUGAAGACCCAACGGGUGGGUGGAAGAAUGAGCAGAUAACGACCGCCUUAUGGGAGGAAUUAAUUGCAGAUCUGGCCGGAUUAUGUCGUGUGGCAGCUGAGAAAAUACUAUGCGCCUAUGCUUUUCCUCACUGUCAAACUGAAAAUGGACGCACAAUUAAGGUGCCGCUUUGCUAUGAGGACUGCACGGCAACUCAUCUACAAUUCUGCUACAAUGACUGGGUAUUGAUUGAAGAAAAGAAGGAGCGAAAUAUAUUUUUAAAGAGUCGUGGACAUUUUCGACUGCCCAACUGCGGUGUGCUGCCAAGAUAUAAUGCCACAGCUAAGAAACCGAAUUGUUCAUAUAUUGGACUCACCGAGAUCAAAGAAGAUGAAAUAAGCUAUGAUUGUCGCAAUGGCAACGGCCGCUACUACCUUGGUACCAUAAAUGUUACGAAAACAGGUUUACCCUGCCAACGCUGGGAUGUACAACAUCCACAUAAACAUAUCCAACCGCCGCAGGUGUUUCCACAAAUAGCCGAAGGUGAAAAUUACUGCCGCAAUGCCGGCGGUGAAGAACCCUAUCCCUGGUGCUAUACACUAGACGAAUCUUUGCGUUGGCAACAUUGUGAUAUACCACUCUGUCCCGACUACAUUGAUCUCACUGCCAAAGAUCUUAACACACCCAUAAAAAUGGAAACUUUCUUCACUCCAUCAAUGAUCUUCUUACUUGCCGGCAUCGGUUUCGUUGGCAUCGUUGCGCUGCAUUUGAUUAUCUUACUGGUACACAAAAUUUCGAGACACAAGGAGUACUCGCUGCAACAGCAACGACAACAGGUGCCCACGUCCGAGUGCAAUGUUUCAGUGCGUGGCGGCGGCGGUGAAUGCAACUUGGCAGAGAGUAGAGAAACUUUGGGUUCGAAUAAUGCAAUGGCGAUGAGCAAUAAGUGUGGCACUUUAAAAAGCACGGCUACCGUCCAUAGCUCAGCAGAACCAAAAAAUAAUUUAAAUACCAAAUUAGAGAAGCUGGAAUAUCCACGCGGUGAUAUCGUGUAUGUGCGUUCCCUGGGACAGGGCGCGUUCGGUAGAGUGUUUCAGGCUAAAGCACCUGGUCUUGUACCUGGCAAUGAUGACUACCUGGUCGCCGUGAAGAUGUUAAAGGACGACGCCAGUGAUCAAAUGCAAAUGGAUUUCGAGCGGGAGGCUUGCCUACUAGCCGAAUUUGAUCAUCCCAAUAUUGUUAAACUACUCGGCGUAUGUGCACUAGGUCGUCCCAUGUGUUUGCUCUUCGAAUUCAUGUCACCUGGCGAUUUGAGUGAAUUUUUGCGCGCUUGUUCUCCUUACGCCACACAUCAAAUACAACAACGAAAUCGUCAGGAAUUGAAUGAGGGCCAUCUGCUGCAGAUUGCAGCUCAAAUUGCCGCCGGUAUGGUCUAUUUGUCAGAACGUAAAUUUGUACAUCGAGAUUUGGCUACACGCAAUUGUCUAAUCAACGAACAGAUGGAAGUAAAAAUCGCUGAUUUUGGUUUGUCACAUAAAAUAUAUCUGCAGGACUACUAUAAGGGUGAUGAGAACGAUGUUAUACCGAUACGUUGGAUGCCGCUCGAAAGUAUUUUGUAUAAUAAGUUUUCCAUUGAAUCGGAUGUUUGGGCGUAUGGCAUUUGUUUAUGGGAGAUUUUCUCUUUUGCUCUUCAACCUUACUUUGGGCUGACACACGAAGAGGUGAUUAAGUUUAUCAAGGAAGGCAAUGUACUUAGCUGUCCGGAUAAUACGCCAUUAUCGGUUUAUGCUUUAAUGCGGCGUUGCUGGAAUCGUAAACCUAACGAACGUCCUAGUUUUGCAGAAAUUAAUCAUUGCAUACAACACAGCCUAGUGGAAUAUGAAUGCAAGACAAUGAUGUAGUGUGGCAAGGGGUUAAGCAAAAAAGAAAGUGAAAUGAAAAAAUGUAAACGAGAGUACUUACUUCCAACUGGGCAUAUGCAUAUGUAAGCAAAUUUUGUACUUAAAAGUAAAAACACUUCCGUUCAAAAACACUCAGCAGUGGUUAAUUUGAGAAUAGUUUGAAAGUAGCAAUAUUUUUCUGAAAAAAACGUAUACGUACAUACGUAUUUGAUAUAUUGUAUUAUAACAAUAAGCACGACGCACAAAUUAAGCAGCCAUUAUAUUAAUAAAAUGCAUACUUACAUACUUACUAAUAAUAUCUCAGAAAUGUUGUGUUCAGGCAAUAAUUUUAGUAGUUCUGUGUGUUAUA